CUUCUAUUUAAUCAUCGACCGCUCUCUUCCCUCCUACUCAAAUUAACUCCGUCUCCAUUUCUUCUUCAUUAGUUGUUGGGGCCCAAAACACUCUUCAAGUCUCAAGCUCUUUGCUCUGGAUUAAUAGCUUAAUUAUUUUGGUUUAAGAUAGCUCGAUAUGGGUCGAACACCGUGUUGUGAUAAAAAUGGACUUAAAAAAGGUCCGUGGACGCCUGAGGAAGAUCAGAAGCUGAUUAAUUAUAUACAGAAACACGGCCACGGGAGCUGGCGUACUCUUCCUAAGAAUGCUGGACUUGCGAGAUGUGGAAAGAGCUGUAGGCUUCGAUGGACGAAUUAUUUGAGGCCUGAUAUUAAGAGAGGAAGGUUCUCGUUUGAGGAGGAGGAGACAAUAAUUCAGUUGCAUAGUAUUUUGGGGAACAAAUGGUCUGCAAUUGCGGCUCGCUUGCCAGGAAGGACGGAUAACGAGAUCAAGAACUACUGGAACACACACAUUAGAAAAAGGCUUCUUCGCAUGGGAAUCGACCCAGUGACCCACAGCCCUCGCCUCGAUCUCCUCGACCUCUCUACACUCCUGAGUAACCCAAACUUGUUUAAUGCAUCUCAAUUCAUAGACAUCUCUAGGUUGCUUGGUGUGGAGACUCCAAUGAACUCAGAUCUCUUGAGAUUUGCUACAAAUUCCCUAUCUUCUCAGGGCGAAGACGCCAUAAACAGUUCGCAAAUUCAGGAUCCUUUCCAAUCUUUUCAAACCCAUCAAAUCCAAGAAGUUCCACCUUGUACGACAUCUAGUGCCCAUUUCUUCAGUGACUCGAACCUAAUGCAGCCAAAUGAGCAAGCGUAUAACUUAUGGCAGGCCAAUGGCAUGCCAUGUAAUUUCUCGGAAAAUCUUGUACAUGCUACAAGUGGUGUUGGGUAUGAUAAUUUGGAGCAAUCAGUUCCACAGUUUUUAUCAGACAACUCAAAUUUCCACUUGUCCAGCAACCAGAACUAUACAACGGUUACUUCAGUUCUAUCGACGCCUGCAGGUUCAAGCCCUACAACGCAGUUGAACUCGUCGUCCACUUACAUCAAUAGUAGCACUGAGGAUGAACGAGACAGCUAUUGCAGUGAGCUUUUCAAGUUCCAGAUUCCUGACUUACUGGAUGUAAGUGAGUUCAUGUAAAUUGCUAGAGAAAGAGGAUGAGAGAGAGAGAUAGAGAGAGAGAGAGAGAGUGUUAUUAGUUAGAGAAGAGUGAAGAAAACUUUGGCUGUUGCUGUAAAUGUGAAUGCAUCGUGCAGAGAGAGAGGAUACUCUAAUGUUUGAACAGUUGAGCUCAUAGAGAUAUAAUCUGCCCUUUUCUUCUACA